GCCUUGCAAUACAUCAGAGAACUCACAUGGGAGAAACCCUAUGAAUGUAAUGAAUGUGGGAAAGCUUACAGCUGGAAGUCUAGCCUUGAACUACAUCAGGGAACUCACACAGGGGAGAAGCCCUAUGAAUGUCAUGAAUGUCAGAAAGCUUUCACCCAGAAGUCAAGCCUUGUAAUACAUCGGAAAAGUCACACAGGGGAAGAACCCUAUAAAUGUAAUGAGUGUGGGAAAGCUUACACCUGGAAGUCAAGUCUUGAACUACAUCAGAGAACUCACACAGCAGACAGAUUUCACAAAUGUAAUGAAUGUGGGAAAGCUUUCACCUGCAUGUCACGCCUCCGAGGACAUCAGAAAAUCCACACAGGAGAGAAACCCUAUGAAUGUAUAGAAUGUGGGAAAACCUUCCUCUGGAAGUCAUUCCUGAGAAUACAUCAGAGAAUUCACACAGGAGAGAAACCCUAUGAAUGUAAUGUAUGUCGGAAAGCUUAUACCUGGAAGUCAAACCUUGAACUACAUCAGAGAACUCACACAGGGGAGAAGCCCCAUGAAUGUAAUCACUGUGGGAAGACUUUCACCCAGAAGUCAAGCCUUAUAAUACAUCAGAGAACUCACACAGGGGAGAAACCCUAUGAAUGUAAUGAAUGUGGAAAAGCUUACACCUGCAUGUCACGCCUCAGAGGACAUCAGAGAAUUCAUACAGGGGAGAAACUUUAUGAGUGUAUUGAAUGUGGUAAAACUUUCAUCUGGAAGUCAAUCCUGAGAAUGCACUGGAGGAGGCAUACACAGGAGAAGCCAUACGAAUGUAAUGAAUGUGGGAGAGCUUUCACGUACAAAUACCACUUUAGAAUACAUCAGAGAAUUCACACUGGGGAGAAACCCUAUAAAUGUAAUGAGUGUGGGAAAGCUUACACCCAGAAGUCAAGCCUUAUAAUACAUCAGAGAAAUCACACCGGGGAAAAACCCCAUGAAUGUAAUGAAUGUGGGAAAACUUUCACCUGCAUGUCACGCCUCCGAGGACAUCAGAAAAUCCACACAACGAAGAAACCCUAUAAAUGUAUAGAAUGUGGGAAAACAUUCCUCUGGAAGUCAUUGCUGAGAACACAUCAGAGGAGGCAUACACAGGAGAAGCCCUAUGAAUGUAAUGAGUGUGGGAAAGGUUAUACCUGGAAGUCAAGCCUUGAACUACAUCAGAGAACUGACACAGGUGAAAAACCUCAUGAAUGUAAUGACUGUGGGAAGACUUUCACCCAGAAGUGAAGCCUUAUAAUACAUCAAAGAAGUCACAGGGAAAAAUCCUAUGAAUGUAACGAAUGUGGAAAAGCUUACACCUGCGUGUCACGCCUCAGAGGACAUCAGAGAAUUCACACAGGGGAGAAACUCAAUGAAUGUAUUGAAUGUGGUAAAAUUUUCGUCUGGAAGUCCGUCCUCAGAAUGCACUUAAGGAGGCAUACACAGGAGAAGCCAUAUGAAUGUAAUGAAUGUGGGAGAGCUUUCAUCUACAAACACUACUUGAGAAUACACCAGAGAACUCACACGGGAGAAACCCUAUGA